CUGUUGUCUGUGUGUCUCCCAUACAAAGAAUAUGUACGUAGACUUUCUUUGCCCCAUCGGUACGGAACAGAAAGUUACGGCGACGUAGGCUUUGCUAAACAAGUUGUCUGUCUGUUUAAUGCAAAGAAUACGUAUUGUAUAGACGUUCUGUGGUUUAAUGCUGUUUGAGAACGCGUUACAUUUAGUUCUAUUCUGCGGGAGGAGAUCAUAGUGUUUAUUGUGUGUGAGGUUUAUAAAAGUCGUUUAGAUUAAUACCUGAACAUCACGCCCCGUGAACUGGGGGUGAGGCCAAAAGCUGAUGGCAAAUAACUUGGCGCAGAAAUAAGUCGUAGAUCUUUCUACAACACGGAACAUAUCUUAACAGCCUAUUUCUUCUCUUGUAGCUCAUGAAUAAUUCCUGGCAACAUUGUUGUAGUUUUAAAAUGGUUUCAUCUCUUUUAUAUGUAAUUUGGAGCAAUGCAUGAACAAACUAAGCUUUAUGAGUGCUAGGGUGAGAAAUCAUGUUAGUGCCAAAUAUAACAAAUUUAUUAUUUAUUGAAUGUGUUCCUAAAUACCAUGCCAUGUGUAUGUCACACUAAAUAUGUCUUCUGUUCAAAUAUGUAUUAGUGUUUUACAUCACAUGUGCAUGCACCAACUACUUUUAACUUUUGGUCCUAAAAUUGUAACAUCUACCAGAACGGCAUGGGCAAUUGAUAAACUAUUGAUUAUAUUUCCGAAGUGACUCUCUCAGUUUUUCUAAUGUAUUUAAGUACAACAUAUAUUGGAAAAUAUCAACUCUAUGUAUAUGAAGUAUGUAACAAGACAUUUAGUCAAAAAGUUGAUUUAAACAAUCAUACACUUAUUUACACAGGAGUGAAAGGCAAUGUGUAUGAUGGCAUGUGACAAGACAUUUACUAAAAAAGCUUAUUUAAAAACCCAUAUGCUUAUUCACACAUGAGAAAAACUCAUGUUUGUGAGGUAUGUGACAAGUCAUUCGAAAAAGUUGUUAGAACAACCAUAUGCGUAUUCACACAGGAGAGGAACCUCAUGUGUAUGAGAUAUGUAAUAACUGAAAAAAGUCAUUUCAAAGGCCAUGUGCAUACUUACACAGAAACGGAACCUAAGUGUAUGCAUUAUAUAACAAGUCAUUUGUUCAGAAGAGUUGUUUAAAAAAAAAAAAAAAAAACAUGUUUAUUCCCACAGGAGAAAGACCUCAUAUGUGUGAGGUAUGUAACAAGUCAUUUACUCAAAAAGGUCAUUUAAACAGACAUAUGUUUACUCACACAACAGAGAAACCUCAUGUGUGUAAGAUAUGUAAUAAGUCAUUUGCUGAAAAAAGUCAUUUAAACAAACAUAUGCUUACUCAUACAGGAGAGAAACCUCAUAUGUGUGGAAUAUGUAAUAAGUCAUUUAUUGAAAAAGGUCAUUUAAACAAACAUAUACUUAUUCAUACAGGAGAGAAACCUCAUGUGUGUGAGAUAUGUAAUAAGUCAUUUACUGAAAGAAGUCAUUUAAACAGACAUAUACUUAUUCAUACAGGAGAGAAACCUCAUGUGUGCGAGAUAUGUAAUAAGUCAUUUACUAAAAAUGGUCAUUUAAACAGUCAUAUGCGUAUUCAUACAGCAGAGAAACCUCAUGUGUGUGAAAUAUGUAAUAAGUCAUUUGCUCAAAAAAGUCACUUAAACAAACAUAUACUUAUUCAUACUGGAGAGAAACCUUAUGUGUGCGAGAUAUGUAAGAAGUCAUUUACUCAAAAACCUAAUUUAAACGAACAUUUGCGUAUUCACACAGGAGAAAAGCCUCAUGUGUGUGAGGUAUGUAACAAGUCAUUUACUCAAAAAUCUCAUUUAAACAAACAUAUACUUAUUCACACUCGAUAGAGACCUCAAGUAUUAUGUAACAAGUCAUUUGUACAGAAGAGGUGUUUAAAAGAACCAUGUGUUUAUUCACACAGGAAGGAAGCCUCAUGUAUGAAGUAUAUGUGAUAUAUUAAAAGAGGUGACUUAAAUGAAUAUAUUUACACAUGAAAGAAAUCUCAUGUGUGUGUGUUAUGUAGCAUGUCAUUUGUUCAGAAGAGUUAUUUAAAACACCAUUUAAACAACCAUAUGUUUAUUCACACAUGAGAGGUGAGGUAUGUAACAAGUCAUUAACUCAAAAAGUGCACUUAAAUGAAAAUAUACUUAUUCACACGGGAGAGACACCUCAUGUAUGUGAAAUAUGUAAAGUCAUUUGCUUACAAACGUAAUUUAAACAAUCUUAUGCUUAUUCACUCAGGAGAAAACGCUCAUAUCUGUGAGAUAUGUAAUUUUCAGAAAAUGUAAAAACUUUCUGAAUUAAUUACAUGUGUAACUAAUUGCAUGAAUGAUAGAAAAAUUGAAAGAUGCCUACAGAUAAUAGAAGGGUAGUGUCUUUAUGAGGUGUGUUUAAUUUGUCAUUUGAGUGCUGUCUGUAAUAAAUCAUUUAUUUGUUGUCCCUGUCUUAUUGUAAGUCCCUGUUCAUUGUCUAUUACUAAGAGUUCAAUUUUGACACCUGGUUCCUGAAGAAUCUGCUGACUUUCAUGUUACCACCUUCAAAUUCUUAUUUUUCUGAAAUUCGAAGAAUGGUUAAACCACGUGAAUGCUCUACCUCGUAAGUGUGUUGUAUUAUACUUGGCAUUUCUAAUGUAAACACAAAAUUUAAUUAUAAUUCUGUGAUUAGACAUGAAAACAUGUGUCUUAACUUCAGAAAGCUUUAAAUUAAUUUUUGCAUAUAUCCAUACUGUAGAAAAAUCCCAUCUGCAUACAUAAAAAGGCAUUUGGGAAGUAUCUUUUCCAUAAAUGUAAGAAACAGUUAUUUACUAAAUGUGUCCUUAGGAAACUUUUUUUUUGUUUAAAGUGCCAGAAGAAAACAUGAUUUUUAAUUUUCAAGGACAUGCACUGGCUUUCUAUAUUCAUUAACACUUAUGUAUCAAAGCAGGAAUCUCAUAUUUAUCUUAUUAUUCAUGCUUUGUUUGGAAGUGUUUAUGCAAAUCAAUAUUAUGAGAAAUGGGAGCCUAAAUUUAUUUUGAAAUUCUCUGAGAGAGCAUAUUGAAAUAUUUCUUUUAUGAUGCAAUUUUAGAAUUAAAAAGAAACUGCAAAAUUUCAAACUUUAUUAUCUCUUUUGUUAUUUUUAACACAAGAGACAAUCUGUGUUAGAAUUUUAUUCACUUUAUGGUUGUUAUUUUUAACACAAGAGACAUUCUGUGUUAGAAUUUUAUUCACUUUAUGUUUGCAAACAGGAUUCCUAACAGAAAUAAGUAUUUUGUUGUGGCAAAAUUAGAUACGUAACUGAAUAUAACUUUUCCAGAUCAUUUUAGUUUUAUUUCAUGUUACUGAUUGAAGUAAUGUUGCAUUUGUUUUAAUCUGUUUGUUUUAUUUAAUAAUUUUUUUUUUAAAUUAUAGGUAUAAAUUUUUUUAUCAUUAUUUUAUAGCCUUAAAAGUUAGAGAUAAAUGUACUGAAUUUAAGAAGAUAUUUAAAUACAAAUAUUCUAAAAGUUGUAUUAUGUUAGAAAAUCUAUAUUUUAAAUAACUUUUAUGUAUUUGAAAAGAUUAUUUUGAUCUAAAUCGAAUAUUAACUAAUAUGUGUAUAGAAUGUUGGUUAUGGAAAGAGUUCUUAAAAAUUUACUUUUCAUGAAAUAGCUUUGGUUUUAUUUUUAAUACAUAGUACAUCAAGCAUAAGUGCAAAAGUAUAGAAUUUCACUAAAAACUGUCUAAAAGAAAUGCAGAGGAAAUGCCAGAAAUAUUUUGAGGUAAAUGUAAAUGUUAUAUUUUUAAAUGUUUAUGAUAAUCCUUAUUUAAUGAUUAAAAUCUAUUUUCAUUUGA